AUGACGCUGCUUGCGUCUGGGAGCUCUUCGCCUCCCCUGCCUCUGCAGACACAUUGAGACACACACACAAAAAGGAGAGGAGAGGCUGCGCCGCGCGAGCGGAAUUCCGAAGGAAGCGCCAAACCAAGCAGACGCCACCAUGACCGAAACCACCAAAACCCACGUUAUCUUGCUGUCCUGCGGCAGCUUCAACCCCAUCACCAAAGGCCACAUUCAGAUGUUUGAAAGAGCCCGAGAUUAUCUACACAAGACAGGAAGAUUCAUUGUCAUCGGUGGAAUAGUCUCACCCGUACAUGACUCAUAUGGAAAACAGGGUUUGGUUUCCAGCCGGCAUCGCCUGGCAAUGUGUCAGCUGGCUGUUCAGAGUUCUGAUUGGAUAAGGGUGGACCCCUGGGAAUGUUAUCAGGAUACCUGGCAGACCACCUGCAGUGUACUGGAACAUCACCGGGAUCUGAUGAAACGAGUUACUGGUUGUAUCCUGUCCAAUGUGAACACACCUUCUCUGACGCCAGUGAUUGGACAGCCUCAGAACGAGACCCCACAACCUAUUUACCAGAACAGCAACCUUUCCAACAAGCCAACUGCAGCAAAACUUUUGGGGAAAGUGGGAGAAAGCCUUAGCAGGAUUUGUUGUGUUCGUCCCCCAAUGGAGCGUUUCACCUUUGUGGAUGAAAAUGCUAAUUUGGGGACUGUGAUGAGAUAUGAAGAGAUUGAGCUCCGAAUCUUGCUGCUGUGUGGAAGCGAUUUGCUGGAGUCCUUCUGUAUCCCAGGCCUCUGGAAUGAAGCUGAUAUGGAGGUGAUUGUGGGGGACUUUGGCAUCGUUGUUGUCCCACGAGAUGGUGCUGAUACCGAGAGAAUCAUGAACCACUCCUCUAUACUUCGCAAGUAUAAAAACAAUAUCCUGGUUGUGAAGGAUGAUGUGAAUCACCCCAUGGCUAUUGUCAGUUCCACUAAAAGCAGAUUGGCCCUUCAGCAUGGCGAUGGGCACGUGGUGGAUUACCUGAGUCAGCCAGUCAUUGAUUACAUCCUCAAGAGCCAGCUGUACCUGAAUGCCUCCGGUUAAAGCUCUUAAUGGCAUUGUGGCAAAGCUGCCAUGUGGCGCCACCUUCCUAUGAUUGUUUAUCACUGUUCUCUUUCUCACUUUUCUUUCUUUUUCAAUGCCUCUUGCGUGCAUCUGCCUAUUCCACUCUGGUUUGUUUUUUUUCCAGCCCUAGGAAUUGCGGCCUACAGCUAACAGCCAAGUACAUAUGCCAUCAACCCUUCUCCCCUUGCAGUUAGGAGGGAAAAGAGUAAAGAAUAUCAGGCACCAUUACUUAAAAGGGGGAAGAUUAGGAUUGCCCUUCCCAGCAUGCAACAAGGGAAACAACAUUAUCCCUUCCUCUCUUCCCCUCUUGGCUAAAUAAAUCUCAGUGGGGCUUUUUAUUUUUACUGCUUCUCAUUUGCUUUCUCAACACUCCCCCCCACCCCUAAAUUGGCUUUUUUAUAUAUAUAAUUGCCAUCUUUACGGUGACAAUGAGGUGGCAAGCUUAUUAAAAACUAAACGCCCACCAGAUAUUUCAGGACAUUGAUAGAAGAAUUUAGCAGUGAACAGAAGAGAAAGCAGAAAAAUAGAACUGCCCAUCCAUAAUGCUUUUCUGCAAUGAGAAUCUUUUUUUAAAGGUGAGUGGAGAAAAGGUGUAAAAAGCUCAGAAAGCAAGUUUGCUUCUCUAUUUAGCAUCUCUCCCUCCCUUCCACCCAUUGUAAAUAGAUAUCUGUUUCAGAAGGAGAGGAUGACAUGGUUUUAUUUUGGUUGUGAUUGUACUCUCACAUCUUUUUUAAAAGGAGCAUUUCUUAAAAGUGGGGAAAGAACCACAGAACACAGGUCUCUCGAAUGAUAGUGAUGUGGCCCUCAGUCGUCUGUCCCUGGAUUUUCAUGUUCUUCAGAAACCCAUCUGGAGUUUAACUACUUUUCAUGGUGUGCUGUGGCUGAUUUUAUAUUUGUAGGCUGUUUCAGUUCAUUAUUGUCAAGGAAGUACAUGUAUAUUUCUUGUAGGCAACAACUGUACAUGGUCCUACAGUCUGGCAGCUUGUUUUCCAUAGAUUUUCUUUCCCUUGAUGGAAAGAAGCUGCUGCUGAAGUUUAUGCUGUAAAAUAGACACUUUAUCCUCCAUGCGGAAAACAAACCCUCUCCGAAACACAACAAUUACAAAAAAGCUACGUAAUAGCUGGAGUGGAUUAAAUGGUCCACCAAUAUGACUGUUUAGUAGCGUGUGGAUGUUAUGAAUACUGAGAGGGGCUAGGAUCAUUGGAGAAUAUCAGUGGUGGCAAAUGGCAGCUUCACAAUCAGGAAAACAGCUUGAGUUUUCCACACUACUGGCAGUGUAGCACAUAGACCAGGAGGAUCAGUUCAGCUAUGGGAUAGGGGAAACCUUAGUGACCCUUUUUAUGGAAAAAAAAAAUAAUAACCUGUUUAUUUUGUGCUGUGUGCUUAUUCAUUGAAUGAGUUCGCCUGUUUUAGACUGCAAAGUUAGAAGUAUUUAAUUAGGACAGAACUGGUAAGAAAAAAAAAAGUCAGCCAGAAAGAUGGGGAUUUUUUAAAAAAAACAAAGUUGAAGUGUUACUGUGUUUUAAUACUCUUCUAUUUAUGUCAUUUAUCUCUUUUUAAAAAAAACCUAUAGCCAGGGAUGCACUUUAGUACUAAUUAAAAGAUUGAUGGGGAAAAAUGGGUUUCUAAAUUAACGCCCAUUGCGAGAAUUAAUGUCAGUGCCUGCAUCUAAACCGUACCCUAAAAAAAAUGGGUUAGCACGAUCAUAAUUUACACUUGUGGAUAUUAUGCUAUUCUUUUAUUCUCACAAAGGUUGUCUUUUAUAAAAGUAGCCCUGGGAGAAAAAUACAGAUGGUUGGUAAAUGUCAUGUGGAUUUCCCUGUGAAAUGUGAGCAAACAAGGUAUGACAAUAUCCUGCUGAAUUCCUUGGGUGCACAAUCUCAGAUGUGAAGUGUUGCAUAAGAACCAGCUGCCAUUCAAACAAGCACUUAGAAACCAGACAGAGAUGUCUUGAUGAGGCUCAUCCUCAUCAUUUACUGUAGCAUCCAAAGCACUGAGUACCCUGGGCAGUCACUGCUACCAUAGACAGAUAUCCAAGAGACGGUGACUCUGAUAAGAUAUACCGCCCUCCCGCUGUCCUGUGAUACAUGUCAGCUACAACUUCUAAAGCAUUUUCUCAUUCACUUGCCUCCGUUACAGCCACUUCCUGCUGCAAUCCACUAUUGGUCUUAAUGCCAAGCUGCCCCCCAACCACAUAGUCAACUCUGUGUGCGAGCAUGUGUGAUUCUCUUUCUGUGUGUGGUUGUAUGUGUGUGUGAGACUCUAAGCCUAGCCUUCCCAAAAAGGCGUAAAGGACAAUUUUGGUUGAACACAAACAGGUAGGACAUGACAAGGAAAUAACAGGACGAUCUCUCCGUUUCUCUGAACAAAAAAAGAUGGAUUAUUGGGGCCACUUUCCAAUUUUCAUCCAGUUUAAGACAGCGUGUCUUAGAAAUGUAGCAUUGUGAUACAGAUUAUGGAUAUAAAGUCUUACUGCAGUACUCUUUGCCUUCAUAUUCUCAGUUAUGCUUAUGAUUGUGGGGGAGAGGUGUGGGACUUCAACUCCCAGAAUUCCCCAGCCAGCAGCCAGGCUUCCAGGGGCUGAAGUCCAUACCUCUUAAAGUUAUCAAGAUUGAGAAACACUGAUUUGGCGCAUGCAAGUAGGACUGCUUUGGUAAAAGUUGGAGUUUGACUAUCAGACUGAUUUGCCUUGACACACAAUAUGGAUUUUAGCUGCACAGGGAAGGAAGAAAAUUCUUUGUCGUUACCGAACCUGCCAUUUUAAACUAAACUUUGCUUUGUUUAAAAAAAUGUUAAAAGGAAAAAAAAGAUUUGAAAAUGUCAGUUUUUACACUGAUGUAAUAUGCUGGAGUUCGAUCAUUAUUGCUAAAAUGGUCACGAUCACAAAGACAAUGUUGAAAUUGGAAAAAUGUUUAAAAGGAUAUAAGAAAUAAAAUUAUGCUAAUUACA